ACAAAACAAACUAUAUGGCCCCUUAUAAGAUCGUUUUGAUUCGGCACGGAGAAAGCGAGUACAACAAAGAAAACCGCUUCUGUGGUUGGCAUGACGCUGACUUGUCGCUUCAAGGUGUCAAUGAGGCCAAGCAAGCGGGCCAAAUGAUCAAGACUAGUGGCCUUUCCUUCGAUGUUGCUUACACGAGUCUGUUGAAACGGGCGAUAAAAACUCUGAAUCUCGUGCUGGACGAACUUGAUCUGCAUUGGAUCCCUGUUGUCAAAACAUGGCGUCUCAAUGAGCGUAUGUAUGGCGGAUUACAAGGAUUGAAUAAGUCGGAGACUGCUGAGAAGCAUGGGGAAGAGCAAGUAAAAAUUUGGCGUCGCGCCUACGAUAUUCCGCCUCCCGCCUUGCAGACAAGUGAUCCCAGGUGGCCUGGAAACGAAGCUAAAUAUGCGCACCUGCACACCGCGUGCAUCCCAGUCACGGAGUGUUUGAAGGAUACCGUGGAGCGAGUUCUUCCCUGUUGGUUUGAUCAAAUCGUCCCUGAUAUCAAAUCUUGCAAGCGUGUAGUGAUUGCUGCGCACGGGAACAGUUUGCGCGCGCUUGUCAAAUUUUUGGACGGAAUUCCGGACAAGGAUAUCGUUGAGUUAAACAUCCCAACUGGUAUUCCUCUGGUCUACGAAUUGGACGCGGAUCUAAAACCUAUUAAGCAUUACUAUCUUGCUGACGAGGCCACCGUUGCUGCUGCUAUUGGACGUGUGGCUGACCAGGGCAUGGGCAAUCUGGCGGUAUACCAACCAUCGUGCUUCCUGGUAACAUGGAAGCUAGGCACCAAAAGGGUGCCACAGCUGAAUAAUCGAACAGAUCGUAUUUCGAGUACUACUAAGGAGGGGUUAUUCGAAUUUGCGCCGCGUUUCGCGUAUCUCGGAAAUUGUGUUAGUUCCGACUGCGGUGUUACAGAUGAAGUAAAUGCACGAAUCUGUAAGGCUUGGGCUGCAUUUGUUAAUUUGAGGCGCCUAUGGU